AUGGCCAAACACUUAUUCGUGCUAGUGCAUGGCCUAUGGGGCAACUACAAGCACAUGAACGCAAUCAGAGAUGUAUUUCGCCAGGAGCUUCACGAUCAGGAAAAUAUGGUGUUUUUUUCGCCGCGGCAGAGUGGCUAUUUCAAGACCUUUGAUGGGAUAGAAAUCAUGGGUUACCGGACGCUGCUGGAAAUUUGCCAGUUUAUCGACACCUUCCCUAAAAAUGAAAUCACCAAGAUUAGCUUUGUCGGGUACUCCAUGGGUGGCCUUAUUGCAAGGUUCAUUAUAGGAAAGAUGUUUACGGAGUGUCACGAGCUGUUCCAAAAUAUCGAACCGCAGCUCUUCGUCACUUUUGCCACGCCACACCUUGGCGUGCACUUUUUCCUGAGACAGCAUCGUUCGGGUCACCAUAGGGCUAUAUCGCGGCUUCUGUCUACAUUGGGCACCACGGUCCUCGGAAGGACCGGCCGACAACUCUUUAUCCAGGACAAUCUACCUGAACAAUCCAUUCUGGUGAAACUAAGCAAGGGUGAGUAUCUGGAGGGUUUGGGCCGCUUCAAACACCGCAUAUGCAUAGCCAAUGUGAAAAACGACCGGACGGUUGCCUUUUACACCUCAUUCAUUACAGACUGCGAUCCCUUCUUGGAGACCGAGAACCAGAUCAACUACCACUUCGAACGCAACCUGCCCGGUGAAAAGCUGUGCAUGGUCCCUCGCGUCAUAGACAUGAACAAGCUAGACCCCACUUCAAUGAGGCAACCGCCUGAAGGUCAGCAAUUCGCACGCUGGGCCUUUAUAUUUGUGAUUUGUUGCAUACUGACGUUUGUUUUACCAUUGAUUUUCGUGGCCAACGUCCUGGGAACGUGCUAUUCCUACCUAGCCACUGUCCACUACCAAAAUCUUUUGCAUCAAGGGGAGGGCCGCAGCUUACUCCGUCGUAAACUGGGCCUUGGAGAUAAGAUUGCAGACACUUUGCGGGAUACGGUCGGCGUUAUAGCGAGCGAGCACGAAGACAACUUUGGAGCUGACAACGGACAGACUAUAGUCAAAGCAAACAUUACAUGGGAAGAUUUCAUCACCAAAUAUACCAACAAAUGGAAUUCGGAGACUAAGCCCAAGUUUAGCGCGUUGAACUUCGACGACCAACGCAGAGGCAUUUUGUCCAACUUGAAUAAUUUGACGUGGAUUCGGAUACCGCUUUACAUAAAAUCUUUGAAUGCGCACGAUGGGAUCGUAGCAAGAAAAGGAGUUAAGGGAGCUAGCCCUUAUAGCGUAUCCGGGCUUCAGUUCAUCGCUCAACUGGUAGAUUUUCUCAUCUCACAUUAA